AUGACGGACAAAAUCCCAUCUAAAGCCAACAUUCCACAAGGCGAUUCAAUUAAACCUGCGCGUAAAAAGUAUGAAAGAACUAAAGAGCGAAGCAAGGUCACUCAAGCCUGUGACCAAUGUAGAGUAGGAAAAGCUAAGUGCUCCGGUAAUUUGCCAUGCACCAACUGUGUUCACGAUAAAAAGCGUUGUUCUUAUGAUAACGACUACGCUCGUGGUCGAAAGAUUGAAAUCCAACCAAAUCCGAACUACAGACCUGAUCCUCAACACAAAGUCUUCAUUGCUGGAUCUAAUCUGGCCAAUUAUAAAUCUCUAAUGGAAGGAGAAGACGCGCAAAUGCCACCGGUAAUAGGUUCAUUCGGCCAGAAUCUAAAUCCCAAUCAAAUGAUGUCACAACCUCAACAGUCGGCGGAUAAUAGUCCAACUGCUAAUCCGUCCCAAGAAGCUCAGCAAAUGUUUGAUCCAAACGCACCUGUCUCUGUUCUUGCUUACGGUGAUCUACCAAUGCCUAUCAGUCGACCUGGACUGGUCACUCUACCAAGUCUCGAUGAUGGUGCUAAGCUUGUUCAGAUUUAUUUUGACAAAUUCUCCCCAAGUAUACUCUUCCUACACAGACCUAGUGUUGAACGCUGGACAGAUGAGUUGUUAGAGGUUGGUGGUGAUAUAUUGGCAGCAGAUUAUCUUAAAAGCAGGAAUGCCAUCGUUUUCAUGAUCUUUGCUUCAGCCCAAACUUACUGUGCGACCUCAGAAUGGGUGGACAACAGUAUGCUCAACUGUCAAUUGGCUGAAGAACAAUUACAAUCUGAAAUUGGUCCACCACAAUUAACUAGCGUUCAAGCUCGACUUCUCCAAUGCUACUAUCUUAUUGCUAGAGGUCGAAUCAACCAAUGCUGGAGCUCUUUUUCCAAUGUCGCCGGCUUGAUCUUCACACUUGAUUUGAACAGACAUUAUAGCAAGAGAGGUGUUGUUGACCUGGUUGAGGUGGAAUGUCAAAAGCGAGUUUUCUGGGCAGCAUUCUUUCUGGAUAAAUUUUUGAGUUAUGCUUUAGAUAGACCACAACGUCUCAAGGUUGAUGAUAUUGAUCAGGAGUUGCCGAGGACCCUCAACGACAGACAAUUUACACCCAACAAUCUCGUACCUGCUUUUCCAGAUGAUCUCUCCACAAAUCUUGCAUCUAACCUUCAAUUUGAACUUGCGAUAAUCACGAGCAACAUCCUCGACCAAUUCUACGGAUUCCGCAAAUACGAACCUGAAGAACGUUUGAAAAUUGUUCAAUCAUACCUCGUCACUACCUUUCCCGCCUGGAAGAAGAAAGCAGAAUCAUUAAUUCAAGCGAAACUCGAGGACUUGGAUGAAGUACAGAAUCGUCAAAGAUCAGAAUUGUGGUUAUCAUAUCACCAUACCAAGAUUCUCCUCCUUCGCACUUAUGUUCUCGUACCCGAGGGCGAUGCGGCGAGAGAUGGAAUGAUCGAAAAGCUUACAAAUGCGUGCCAAUACGUUUGCGAUAUCGUGCAGCCACGUCCUAGAGGAUUCCUCAAAGAACACGAGGAAAAACUUUGGAAGCAUGAGUUUCCGAUAUACGCGGAUUUUAUCAAAUCAGACGCUUUUAGAAGUGCUUGGUUUCCUCAAUACAUCAUGUUUACUGCGGCAACAGUAGUCUGCAUCACAAGCGUCAGAAACCCAACACAAGUAUGCAUAAUCGACAGCACAAUCAAGCAAAAGAUCAGAAUCCUCAUUGAACCACUACUAAGAAUCGGAUUUCCGGGUUCAUUCAUGAGAGUAUGUACUCGUGUUUUGGAUGAGCUGGAAAUUGCGGUUGAUGUGAGCAUGAUGCGUCGAUUUUCUAAGUUGGAGGAUAUGGACAUUGAUGAUGAUAAACUAUUGGAUGAGCACACGGAUCUGGAUCGUCAUAUGACGAUACUUAAGGAGAGGUUGGGGGAGGCUCUUUGGGAGGCACAUAUGAAGAUGUGUCUGGCUAGAGAUGAGUGUGAUAUUAUGAUUCAGUUUCGUUGCUGGGGGUUUGCGAGGCUUGCUUACCAGAUGAUGGAACGUAGAUUGGAGGUUAGAAUAAAUUGA